GUAUAUAUCACUACAUACAUGAUACACCUGCAGGUUUCACACAUACCUGCAUGCAUGAGUGGACAUGCACGCACACACGCACGCACACACACACACACACACACACACACAGUGCCAGUAACAGGAGCUUGCAUAACCAGAAAGAAACUGGCAGGAGGUGAUGCCUGCCAGCCUGUUUGGUCUCCUACAGCUGGUAGGCAGCCCCCACUCUUCUGACCUUCAGUGGCCCAGACCCUCUUCUAUCACUCCACGUGCUGCACAAGCUCCUCGGAUGAUGGUGCACUGAGAAGGCCUCCGGAAGCCUGGGCCCUCAUGGCAUCCAACAACGAAGGUAUGGCACCCUCGCUGGGCUCUCCCUGGGACUCCCAGAUGGAGCCCUGGGAUGCCAUCCUCAAGGCUGUCAAAGACCAGCUCCCAUCUCUGGACUCCGACUCCUCCUUGUCGGACUGUGGGGAAGAGGAGGUGUUCAUCUUCCAGCGAAACCAAACCAUCCUGAUUCCAGACCUGUCGGAGGAGCUGGCUGAAGAUCCUGCCGAGUCCAGGACCUGGGCUGCUGCGGCUGAAGAUGUCCUUCCUGAGCCAGUUCUGGUGCCUGCGGAAUUCGCCGCAGAACCUGGGAGCACUCAGAACACAAGGACAAAGGAUGUGUCUUCUAAGAAAGGAAAAGACCCUGGCAGGCCUUUUGAAUGCUCUUGUGAGGUCAUCUCUCCUCUUGGGAUGGCCAAGGAGACGCCCAGGUGGCUGGAAGGUGACCUUGGAAGCCUGUCUUUCAACACCAAAGGAUCCCAGGGUCCUCCAUGGGACACACAGGCCAAAGCCGCUGUCUCCUGCCAUGAAGGAGACCUGAAGGCAGAGUCCCCCAGGACUGACUCACGAGAAUCUGUGAACUGUCGGGCCCUCCGACGGGAAAGAAGGAAGAUGAUAGAGAGGGACAUCCUCCAGAAAGUCACCUGGGAUGCCUGCAACCCAGCCAGCAGUGACCAAGGCCGGGUGAAGGAGGCGCCCUGUCCUGCUAUGGAGUCAGCUCCCAGGCCCAGAAUACCCCUUGCAGAGCCUCAGGAGGGACCACCAGUACUCUCGUUUCAGCAACUUGAAGCGUGGGAUUUGGAUUACAUCCUUCAGAGUCUGGAGGGGCAAGAAGACAACCAGGGAAAUCGUGCACCUGGAACUGCGUGGUGGGCAGCUGACCGCCGCCAAGUUCAAGACCGCACGUUGCCAAGCGCUCAAGACAGGCUCAUGGAACAGCUGGCCCUCCUGUGCACCACGCAGUCUGGGGCCUCUGCUUGUGCCCAGAAGAUGCCUGCCAACACCCCCCAGGACACCGAGGAGGCAAAGGCCCGAAACAGAUGUGCUUCAAGGAAGCCAGGCUCCCAGGCUGUGCCAGGCCUGCAGCUGGCCGAGCCUAUGAGGCUUAACAUGGAGCCCCCCACCAUCUUCAUUGACCUGCGGCAGACGGAGCCACCAGGCCGCCUGUUCCCGGAAAGCUCCUCUGAUAGCGAGGAGGAGGAGGAGGAAGAGGAGAUGGCAGCUGUGGGAGACGCAGAGGGGGCAUCUGCUUCCUCCCUGGGGCUACGGAGCUGUACCGGGAAGAGCCAGCUUCUCCAGCAGAUCAGGGCCUUUCGGAACAGGACAGCCCAGCCUGAGCUGCCUGCCAGCAAGGGGCCUGGUGGUGGGGGUGUUCAGCUCCCUGAAGAUGCUGAUGGAUCAGAAACUUGGAGGAAGCAACACAUGAAGCUCUGCGCCAAGAGGCAGAAUGCCCAGGCCCGACUCCCAGGAGGCAGACCCAGAGCCCUAGGGCACACUGUAGAGCCAGAGGCAGCCAGGGAGGCCCUGGUACCUCCUCUGGACCAACUGUAGACACCCCAGGAUGUGUCCUGCUGCCUGCUCUGUGGGAAGAACAGAGAAAUUACCACCUCGGGCCCCACUGCACCUUGGGCUCAGGCAGCACAGCAGGGCACCUGGCCUUUGGUCAAGUGUCCCAGCUUCCCCUGUGGCUCACCCCCCUCUGCCAUGCCACCAAGGAUAGGCAAGGGUCUCCGCAUCAAGCCCUGUACCAGGCAAAAGACAGGCCCUGCCUGGCCAUGGCCACAGGCUGCCAAGACUGGGGCCACAGACCUCUGCUCUCUAGACCCCAUGUGAUCUAGCAAUGGGGACCCCACACCUGACCUCACAAUGGAGUGGUGUUUUCCUUACAAGCCAAAGGCAAGACAGGAUACCACAAGGGGCCUCCCGGGAGGCCCCUUCUGCAGGGCACAAGGCCAGGCGGCCUCCCAGCUCCCAGGCCCUCUCCCAUCUGCAGAGACCCUACAGGCAGCCAGAACCGGGCUAUAACCCCAUACUCUG